CCCUGGGCUGGUUGGUGAGGACAGGAGGUAAUUCCCAGCCAUUGACCCCCAUUUCUCUCUCUCCCUCCCUCUCGCCCUCCCUCUUUCUCUCCACCCCCAUCUUUCCUGGAAACUGGCUUUGGGCGCGGCAGACUGCCCAGGACCACACCGUGGCCUAGCUGCUGGUCUGUCAGCGAGAGAGAGGGGGAAAGCAGAGACCCCCGUCCACAACUUGGACCUGGUCUCCCGCCCCUCUCCGGCGGAGUGGUGAUCCUAUUCAGAGGGGCCGGUCUCUCUAAAUAUGCCCCAGGAUGACGGAGCGGCCGCCGGGCGAGGCGGCCCGCAGUGACCCCCCGCCGGAGGGACGGGACGCGGCCGAGGCCCGCAUGGCCCCCCCGCACCUGGUCCUGCUCAACGGCGUCGCCAAGGAGACGAGCCGCGCGGCCCCCGCGGAGCCCCCGGUCAUCGAGCUGGGCGCGCGCGGAGGCCCGGGGGGCGGCCCUGCCGGCGGGGGCGGCGCCGCGCGGGACGGAAAGGGCCGCGAGGCGGCGGCGGCCGAAGCGCGCCAUCGGGUGCCCACCACCGAGCUGUGCCGGCCCCCGGGGCCCGCGCCCGCCUCGGCCCCCGCGGAGCUGCCCGGCGACGGCCGCAUGGUGCAGCUGAGCCCGCCCGCGCUCGCGGCCCCCGCCGCCCCCGGCCGCGCGCUGCUCUACAGCCUCGGCCAGCCGCUGGCCUCGCUCGGCAGUGGGUUCUUUGGGGAGCCAGAUGCCUUCCCUAUGUUUGCCACCAGCAAUCGAGUGAAGAGGAGGCCCUCCCCUUAUGAGAUGGAGAUUACAGACGGUCCCCACACCAAAGUAGUGCGGCGCAUUUUCACCAACAGCCGAGAAAGGUGGCGGCAGCAGAACGUGAACGGGGCCUUUGCCGAGCUUCGCAAGCUGAUCCCCACGCAUCCCCCGGACAAGAAGCUCAGCAAGAAUGAGAUCCUCCGCUUGGCCAUGAAGUACAUCAACUUCCUGGCCAAGCUGCUCAAUGACCAGGAGGAGGAGGGUACCCAGCGGGCCAAGCCUGGCAAGGACCCCGUGGUGGGGGCUGGCGGAGGGGGUGGUGGGGGAGGGGGCGGUGCGCCGCCUGACGACCUCCUGCAGGACGUGCUGUCCCCCAACUCCAGCUGUGGCAGCUCGCUGGACGGGGCGGCCAGCCCGGACAGCUACACAGAAGAGCCGGUGCCCAAGCACACGGCGCGCAGCCUGCACCCUGCCAUGCUGCCAGCCGCUGAUGGAGCAGGUCCUCGGUGAUGGGGCCGGGGCCACUCAGGACCAGCCAGGAGGGCACCCUCAGGCCGCUGGGACUGUGGGCUUCGGGGCAGGUCGGGUGAGGAUGGGGCAGCUCUGAAGCCCAGCGGUGGACUUGAUGAGCUUUCCUUGAUGUCUGAACUUUGCGAAACCCUAACUGGCCCUGGGGUGGCUUUCCUGUUUCCUGCCUUAGUGGGAAAACAGAAAAAUGGAGCAAAGUGGUAGGUACUUUUUAUGAAGACGGCACGGUCUUCCCCUUCCCCCCAAACCCUAAGACUUCUCAAGUAAGUAAGGAGCUCGACUGGCGGGGCUUUCAGCCUGGAGCUUGGGGGCCCUGUCUUUGCUGAGACCUGGGGUUGUCAGCUCUCACUAGGGGCAUCCAGCAGCCUCUGCCUUGCCUUCAGCCCCUCCCAAGCUGGCUGGUGUGGCUAGUGUGGCCACUCUGUCCAAAUAUGUAGGUACCCAGUAGCCGCCCAGUUCUGGGUGAGCCCCAUCUUCGCCCAGGCCCAUGUUGGGUCACCUAGCUUGCCAGCUGCUGCAGAGUCACAAGCCUCGAGGUGCCUUCUACAGGGCUUGGUGGAAGAAGAUGGCCAGUGGACAGCCUGCUCUCGACUAGCUGGGCCAGAGGGUCAGAAACCCAGUAGCCCUUACUACUCACCCCGGGGAUCAAAGCUCUGCUUUCUCCCCACUGAGACUUGCCUUCCCAAUCCUUGUGGGGACUGAGUGUAGCCGGGAGCCUGCCCUGUCAGGCAUCAUCAUGUGAAGACAGAGAGAGGGAAAAUGAUGAGAGUGAAAUUGAGCAAGAGCUGUUUGGGGCUGUGGGUUCAAAUCCUGCGGUGUCUCAGACCUUCCUGCCUGUAUUCUCAGCUCCCCAUCACUGUUCACGCGGUGAGCAAAUGCCAGUGUGCUGCUGGGCGUGUGCUGGCGCCGGGAGUGGAUGUGCAGCCCCGUCUGCACGUCCUCCUCUCCUGCUCCACGGGGUCUGUUUGGUGAGGGUCUGGUCUGAUCCCAGCCUUGAGCAAACCCUGUCCUACGAAAUCCUGGCAUUUGGGGUUUUUGCUUGACUUCGGUUACUGGUGGGAUCUUUAGGUCUUGAUAUGACCCAGACUCCAGCCCCACUUCUAGGGCAUGGGAAAACCCGUCAGAGACCAGGCCCUGGCUGAGACCUAGACAAAUGCACACUCACUUAGCAGAAUCUUCGACACCCCUCAAUUAUACAGCUUUCAGCCAUCUAGGGUGUGUAUGGGAGGCUGGCUUACUGCAAUAGGAGUGCCCCCCUCCAAAAGUUGUACAUGAAAUUUUUGUAAAUCAAACCCUUAUCCUUCAUCUUUUAAAGAAAUACUACCGCAAGUCCUUUUGUAAAGUGAAGAAUUUUUUUGUAGAGUGGACCACUGCCCCUUGUUGAUCUCUUGUGUCAAUCCAGAUGGUGGGACAUGGUUUCCUUAAGGCCAGGCCUGCCUGUGACGUGUGUUCCAAGCCCAUGAGACAGACUCCACACAAGUCCUGUAUACCCGUCAUUGUACCCUCAAGUCACCACAGCCAUCUCUCACGAGGCUUCGUCUUUGAGGCUAGAGGGAAAACAGUCUCUAUGCAGACAGGGCAUGAGGCCGGCUCCCUCCCCGCCCUCUUAAGUUGUGGGGUCCAGUUUAUGAGUAGGGGAGCAACAUGGUAAUCUUUGGAGCACUCAGACCCCCAGUCCAUUUCAGACCCCCAACAUCAUAUCUUGAUGAAAUUAGGACUGGUUUCUUUGCAAUACUUUGGAAGCUCCUGUGAGGAAGCCCAUUUGUCUAAAGAUGGAGCACCUGUCCCGGGUCCUAAGGCUGCGUUUGCUUCCUGGUGGAUUAAUUUGACUUGGGAGUGAAAAGUGGCCACAGUAUGGAUGGAUGGAGAGGUGCUGGGAGAUGGAUCACACAUUCUACCGGGAACUCAAGCUUCUGGCUUCCUCUUCUCUCAGACAUGCAGAAUCACAUGGAUAAGUUACCUUCUCAAUGUCAGUUUUUCAGAAAUACCCUGGCUUGGCCUGUCUCCUAGGGCAGUGGUAUAGACCAAGUGGAAUCAUGAAAGCAGAAGCAUUUUGAGAUCAGAAAGAACUCUUGCCCUCAGGAUCAUUCCUGCAGUGGGGCUUCCCAUCCUGAGUCCAGGGCCUGGGCAGUGGGCCAGUCUGCCUGACUGUGCAGCACUUGGGUAAUUUAGGUUCCAAACCUCUUUUGCUUGAGUUUUCCUGAUUGUCCUCAUUUCUCCAGAUUGACCUCAUUUGUGUCUCCUUCCAAGGGAAGGCACAGGAAUGAGAAUGGAAAAAGAUAUGGGCAAAAUGUGUAAGACAUUACAGCUUCCCCAAAUGGGCCCGGGUCGGGAUGGGCAAAGCCUCAUGUCUUUGUAAGACCUACAGAAGAUCCAAAAUUUGAACUUUCAUUUGCACCCACCUCCCCACCCCUUCCAGCACACCCUUCUUCUUCCUCCGCCUCAUCACCUACGAAGAAAUGACAACAUUCCGAGAAUAAUAUCUGUGCUAGAGGAAAGGAUGUAAAGGGGGAAAAAAGCGAGGAGAACAGAGAUGAUUGUGAGGACUGGAGGGAUUCCCAUCUUUUCGGGAAAAUUCAUAUGCUUUUAUCGGUGGUGGCAAACGACAAGAUGGUACAACCUUUAUCCUUUUCUGAGAACAGAACAAAGGGCCCAGCAUCUGUAGUCAGCCGACAACUAUCUCGGCCUUUGGGGGUGGUCUGGUCGUACUUGUGAUUUCGAUGGUACGUGGCCCCCCGCCGAAGGCUCGCCCAUGCCCGUGUACAUAGCGCAUUGUUCCUAUGGGCGGGCCCAGCACUUUCCUUCAUUGUUGUACUGUACGUGAUGCGUUGCAUUGGUCUCUGCAUUUUUCUGCAGAAGAGGAGUAAGCGCUCCAGGUACCUCGACCUUUGUACAGCCCGGAGGCCAACACUGUGGGCGUGACUCUUUAGCGACACAACCCUUGUGGUGAUGAUGUGUGUGUAUAUAUAUAAGGAUAUAUUGGGAAGAUUUCUAAAUAAAAGUUUUACAGAGGG